UCGACGCAUUCGGACGUUAUUUCUAUCCUUUACUGCAUCGCAAGUGCAUAGAAAUCAUCUCGACCCCCGUGGGCCCAAGGUUCAAGGGGUUAUCCACGCUAUCCAAUUCGCACAGGCUAUCCAAUCCGGUGAAUAGAAAAAUAUUUUUUCGUGAAACCAACUAUUCUCCGCGCUAUUGUACAAGUGCAACGAAUUUAAUUUUUUGACACCUUUACGUGACUUCAGCAAAGACAAGACAGUAAAGUAAUUGUGGACAGUGAAAGUGAAUUGUUUGUAUUACUCAUUUUUUUGUGAAUUCCAAUACGCAUUGCGAAGCCAGUGGUGGUGACACCAAUCGCGCAGUACGUCGGCCGCAGAAGUAAGCAAGACGCGCGCGCAUCCGCAUCACUGGAAACCAAAGCAGGCCAUCGUUGCGGUAGUGAUUGGCUUGUCGAUCGCGUAAUCAGUGACGUGAGCUCUCCUACACGGCCUUAAGCCUUUGCGAUCGCGACGACGACGACGACAACGAUUGCUGCGAUCGAUCGCAAGUGCAGGUGGAAGCAACGGAUCGAUACCUCAGCGUAGCACGUUGUUGGCCCAGGUGUGUUGGUUAUCGGCAUUUUCUGAUACUGGGGAAAGGAGAGAAGGGUUUUCUUGAAAUAUUCCGAUCGGUGCACAGGCAAGUGCGACACCAUUGCACAACUUUCAAGCAGGGUUUUGUCGGAAAAGGAAAGUGUUUUAGUGUUGGUGUGAGGUUGUUUUUGCUGUUUGUUUUGACGGGAAGUAGGAGGCUGUGCGAAACUUCAACACGAACUGCGGCGAGAAGACGUGACCUUCAACUGGUUUUUAUUGAGACGGCGGUGGUGUUGAACGAAUAGAUUUCAUUCAUCGCUCUGACGGGGUCUUAACAGUGUCAGAUGUUUUAAUGGUGCUGAAAUCGAUCAAGAUGCAACAGCGAAAACGAUUGACCAUUAGCCUCCUGCUGCUAAUGAUGGCAGCGGUUCUGGUGGAACCUCAACACACGAAUCCCAUGCAUUUGCAGCGGAUGCACUACCGACCACGAUAUCCCAGAAGGGACAAUUAUGUGGCAUACAACCUUCACAAGACCAUUCAGCCGCGAGAUGUUAACGAACUGGACGCAAACCAAGCCCGCAAAGCUAUGGUUGAUGUUCAACAGACGAUCGCCGAGGUUCAGAGUUUAUUAGCUAAAGAUCCUACUCUUCCGAGGUUAACCAGGGGAGAAAUUGAAGAGCUAUUUGAGAACGUGACCCGCGAAGAGUUUGACAAAUCACUUCGCGAAGGCGAUCAGUCUCGUGCGCAGCACAUGAGAGCCCUGAUGCUAGUGCUUCCAUACAAUACCAACAACAUGAGUCCGGAGAACAUUAAAAACAUAUACAAUCUGCCUCCGGUGACCAAGGUCGUGCAAAACGAAGUCGAUCUGGAAGGCCAACAACCAUCUAAGAUCAUUCCUAAUGCAGCAUCUGCUACUCAAUCAACCAAUAGCCGAAGAAAGGCAACAACGACGGCCAUUCCCGUCACAACGAUCCGCUUUACCACUUUGAAACCAACGACCUUCCAUCCCGCAUUGCCGAACGUAAUUCGUGAUGAAGUGAAACCUUCUCAUAUUAAACCAAAAUUGGUGUCCACAACAACCACCACAGAAUUUCCAGUGAAGAUCGUUGAAUACGUUACAAAAGCAGUUGAACCGACUGCCGAUAAUGCACCGACAAAAAUUGAACUUCCAAUAUCCACUACGGAAGUUACUGGGAAGAACAAAGAAAUCAGCGACAUUUUAGCUUCACUCGGCUUCGGUGAUGGUGUUCCGCCCACUUUCCGCCCGCUUCCUAUCGAAAUGACUACUCCAUUUGGAAUGGCUGACUUGACCACUGAAACUACCAGCCCAAAGGCAUCUGCUCCCAACAUGGCGGACGAAGAGCUGAGGAUGCUUUUGCGCACCUUCGGAUUGUUGAACGAUGGUGGCAACUCGGUCGGAAUUGGUCCCCUUCGCGGUGAUUAUCUACUUCCGGAAACUUUAUCUGAGAUUCAACCAUCACAUUUAGUUCAAAACGAUGGUCUGAAAGUUGAAGAACUGGAGCCAUCUCCUCCAAUCAUGGCUAAACCUGACAUAAGGCCUGAUGACUACGUCGCUUUUAAGCCACUGCCGAUGGAUGCACCGAAACUUGACAAAGGCUUAGAUGAGCUUUUGAAGUCGUUCGGAAUCAUAGACAACGGUGAACGCAAGCAGAAGUCAUUGAAGUCGGAAACCAGCGCCAUAAGCGCCGUCUCCGAAAUGGAAGAAAUGCCCAUGAUCGACAAAGACUUGGUACCGCAGAUGGCUUCCGUUCUGGACAACCUGGGCAUUCAGACCAUGAAGAAAGAUCGCAAUGGACGCAAAUUGGAUAUAAGUAAGGAAUCAGACGGAGCUGAAAUGAAGUCCAACGGUCUUGCGGUAUUUCGGCUUAGGAAGAAAUCGGAGAAACCUCCAAAAGCAGAGAAGUUAGUGAAUGAAGAUUAUCGAAAACUUGAACAACUUUGGGAAACCAUCCGAGAGCUGGAGAAGCUUAAUCCAAAUCUCACCGAAGAGUCUCUUGAAUCACUCAACCUCAAAAACUACAACCUAAGCGAAUCACUUCUCGCGCAGGGCCCAAACCCGCUUGAAAGCUACGAUGUUAACCGAAUCAACGACGUCAAGAAACGCCAGCAACCGACCACCGAGGACACCCCCACUCGCAUCUCACUGGAUCUAUCUGCGUCCUCCAACUCUUCCACCAACAGCUCAAACUCAUCCAACCAAGUGGAGAUCAUCUCCACCACCACGGGUGAUCAACCGCGAUCCACCAUACUCGACGUAGAAUCUGACGCGGACACUCCUAGCGCCAACUCAACGACCACUUCAGCGACGGACACCGCUAGUAGUUCCGAUGCCUCGGACAAUUCGGCUCGCUUUUCGGCCCUGGAAGAAUCGUUCGGAGGUGGAGCGGACCCAGUAGCUGAGGAACCACUGCCACCACCACGGCGGAAUGGUUUCUACUUCCUGGCGGAUUGGAACUCGUUCCUUGAGGUCGGCGAAGACCCGAACAAGGUGGUGAUCAGUUUCCGACCGCAGGCCGGAGAUCCAAGCCGGUUCCUGCCGGUGAAUGUGCCGUAAAAACAGUUAUCAGUAGUGCGACGACGGAAGUUGAUCGUGGUGCGUAGAUUUCCUAUCAGGGGUUCAGAUAGUUUUAUUUUUGAUUGAAAAUAAAUUAGAUAAUUAGGAAAGGGGGAAUGAAAUUUUUAAUAGCAUUUUCGGAGAUAAAACCAGAAAUAGUGUUUUAAACGAACGAGAAGCGAAAAUAUUGAAUGGUUUCAAACAGUGUCUUAAAGUAAGAUUCUGAUCAAUUCUUCAUGAACAGGGAGUAGCAAAGCUCCACUCUCCUCAAACGAACGAACUCACGUAAAAAAUGACUUUCCCACAGGGAAGGGUGACAUUCUUAAACUCAAAACUUUUUUAAAUCCAAACAUUUUUUUCUGUACAUAGUUAACUUAUAGAAGACGUAUUUAUUUGUAAAUUUGAACAUGAGAAGCUAAGGGUGAAAAUCUGUAUUAGAGUGGAAAUAAUAAAGGAAAUGUCGGUGAAAAACUAAA